UAGCCAAAAGGGCAAGCGAGUAUCAUAACUCAUAAGGGCGUGGAACCACGCGUCGCUGCGCACCCCUCACUUGACCGCAUGAAUCGCCGCGUUGCUUCCCUUUGUUUAACGAUUCUCCUCUUAAUUUAUUUUAAACUAAUCAAAAUAAUAAAGGAUUUUAAGUUGUUGACCAUGGUUAAUCGUUGACAAAGAAAAUAAAGAAACCAUAGUUAAUUGGUCAACUUGGUUAACUAACUAUAGUUUAAAUUAGAACUGAGUUCAUCGUCAUCCAUUUGAUGCUCCAAAUUAUAUUACAACACAAAGUACUUAUUUGUCCUACAAGAUGCAUAGGUGCUCAAGAUUUUAAUAGUAAACACGGCUAGAAGCCUAGAAAACAUUAACAUCUGUAAGCGUAUUAGUUUAUUUGAAUUCGUGUAUAUUGAAGACUUGCAGUAAAUUUCCCUUAAAUAUUUGUUUGGCCGAAGAGUAUGUCCGAAUCAUAAUUAAUCGGCAUAGACAAUCAGAACUAAUGGGGGGGACAUUAUGGAAAAUUUAAUACUUCAUGGCAACGUAAUGCUUUCUUUGUCUAAAUCUUAUACGUAACUCAUUUGUAUAUGUUUUCAUUAGUUUAUGACUCUAUGUAUUGGUUCACCGAUAGGAUGUACUGAUUUUUACUAAGAAUGUCCUCUCUAAAUCUAUUUGCAAAAAAGUCUAAUUAACGAGAGAUGGAUUGUUAAUAAAUUUAUAAAACUAAUGUGAAAAGAUCAAACAAACUAUAUAUUUUCACAUUCUUGGGAUCUCGAUGUUGUCUCCAAAUGUCCAAUCCUUUAUAUAUAAAGCCAGAAAACAUAAACUAGUACUCUAGUACAAUGGCAGAUUCUUCAAUAACAUAUACAUAUAACAAAUCUAGCUAGAACCGCAAUGUCUUUAUACAUACUCGACAAUAUAAUAACUAAGACUUCAUUACGAGUAGCUUGGACUCGAAUUUGAUUUGAUCUAAUACAUAUUUAUACUGCACUAUAUACAGAUGUACAAGACCUUCUUUUUUUUGAACAAACAGAUGUACAAGACCUUAUAAAUUAUAAUAAUUGUCUAUUGGGGCCAAUUGGGUCUAGCGACAAGACUUGGUCUUCUACUUCUUCUUCUUCCCCUUUCUCCCCUUUCAUAAAUAUUUGAUUUCUCAGUUUGAUAUUGGCAUGGCUGGUCUCGAUCUAGGCACAACUUCUCGCUACGUUCACAACGUCGAAGGCGGCGGUGUUGGCCAGUUCUCCACCGACAACCACCACGGAGAUGACGCUGGAGGAAACCACCAUCAUAACCAUAACCAUCAUCAAGGUUUGGAUUUGAUAGCUUCUAAUGACAACUCUGGACUAGGCGAUGGCGGCGGAGGAGGGAGCGGUGAGCUCGUUAUGCGGCGUCCACGUGGCCGUCCAGCUGGAUCGAAGAACAAACCGAAACCUCCAAUGAUCGUCACGCGCGAGAGCGCAAACACUCUUAGGGCUCACAUUUUUGAAGUCGGAAGUGGCUGCGACGUCUUCGAGUGUAUCUCCACUUACGCGCGGCGGAGACAGCGAGGGAUUUGCGUUCUUUCCGGAACAGGAACCGUCACUAACGUCAGCAUCCGUCAGCCGACGGCGGUCGGAGCUGUUGUGACUUUGCGAGGCACUUUCGAGAUUCUUUCCCUCUCUGGAUCUUUUCUCCCGCCGCCUGCUCCUCCAGGAGCGACGAACUUGACGAUAUUCCUCGCCGGAGCUCAGGGACAAGUCGUUGGAGGUAACGUCGUUGGAGAAUUGAUGGCGGCGGGGCCGGUGAUGGUCAUGGCGGCUUCUUUUACGAACGUGGCGUAUGAAAGGUUGCCUUUGGACGAGCACGAGGAGCAGUUACAAGUCCAAAGCGGCGGAGGAAAUAUGUACACGGAAGCCACCAACGGAGGUGGAGGCGGAAGCUUGCCGUUCUUCAAUUUACCAAUAAGUUUGCCUCAUAUGGGAGUUGAAAACUGGCCGGGGAACUCGUCCGGCGCCUGUAGGGCUCCGUUUUAGCUACUGUUUUAACAAACUUAAUUUUUUUUUUUUUUCAGAUUUUCUUUGUGACGGAAUUUAAUAAUAUAUGGAGUUAUGAUUUUUUUUUAAAACAAUUGUUCAUGUAUUGACCUCUCAGUACAUGCUUCAAGUUUUUUUUUACUUAAUUAUCGAUUUAUAUUUAAAGCUUCUAAUAAAAUAAUAUUCGACUAUAUGAGUAGUUCAUAGAUAGAAUCUCUGGUUUUUAGCACAGUAACUCAUCGACAGGAUUAACGGUUAAAACUUUUAUACAAUACUAACAUAUCCAAUAACGAUAUACUCUAACGCACAUAUUAACUAUAUUGCCAACGUACACACUGUUUUCUAUUAGAUUAUAAUAUACUUUCGUAAUGUUUGUUAGCAACGUUUUUAUAACCAAAGUCACGAACAUAGCAGUAAACAAUAAAAAAAUAACACAAGUUGAUCUAAAACACUGUAACCCUCAACCCCAAGUUGCUGUCUUGGGCAAUGGUUAACAUAGAAUAGCAAUGUUUUAUCACAGAAUGAUCAUUAAUACAUAUUAGAUUUAGAUAUAUAUAUAUUCGAAUGUUUUUAUAUAAUGCAAACU